UUGAUGUUAUCAGAGAAAUUCAAGACCUUAUUGGACGAUUGCCUCUUGAUCAACCAAUGGAUGCAGAAGAGUAUGUGGUAAUUGAUGACAAUGUAACCGCUCGUGAGAUACCUACAGACGAAGUAAUCGUUUCAAUCGUAAAGAAUUGUGAGUCAAAUGGAUCGGAUGACGAAAAUUUGGAGACAGAGCCGUCCGAGGUUUAA